AUGGCGCCUUUUCAACAGCUUGAAAUGUCGGAACAAGCUCAAGCGUCUACACGCAAAGUACUCGGCGAUCGCACCAUCUACCUUUCGCGCCAGACACCGAAGACGGACGGUGAUUCAGUACUAGCAGACCUCGGCUCGGCAAGGUUCGGGCAAGAACAGUACGAAGGUGACAUUAUGCCGUUGGUCUACAGAGCCCCAGAGGUUAUUUUGGGUAUGAGAUGGUCUUCGAAAGUAGACAUAUGGUCAGUCGGUGUCAUGGUGUGGGAUCUGCUCGAAGGGAAGCGCUUAUUCUUAAACAAGAAAGAUGGAGUCAACGACGAUGAGCAGCACUUGGCAGAGAUGGUUGCCCUCAUCGGCCCACCGCCUCUGGAGUUUCUGCGAAGAAGUGAGAGAUGUGCUCGCUAUUUCAGUGAAUCCGGUAAAUGGCUGGGGUCUGUCGCAGUUCCGACAACGUCUCUGGAAGAACGCGUAACCCAGUUGGAGGGCCAAGACAAAGCACUGUUGCUAGGCUUCGUCCGCCGCGCUUUGCGCUGGCUGCCAGAAGAACGGCCACCCGCUGACGAAAUAGUGUAUGACGAUUGGCUGAUGCAGCGGUAUUCAGAGCUUGAUGCGUGA